AUGUGCAAUAUGUGCAAUCGGAUGUCAAAACACCGCAUAGCAGCGGCGAGGGAGAAGAUAUCUACUACUGCCGAUAUUAAGUUGAUUACUAGUGUCAGAGAUUUCUUUCAUCUCAGUUCUGAUGACUUCUACAGUCAAGUUGUUGCCGAAUUUGAAGAUAUUAUCCCUGUCAUUAAAACCUCCAUUGCUGGCUCUAGACAUGUUGGUCGUUAUUGUAUCGGAAACAAGCAUGGGCUUCUCUUGCCACAUACUAUCACACCUGAAGAAUAUCAGCAUAUAAGAAGAAGUCUACCUCAUGCAACUGUUGUGCAGCGCAUCCCAGAAGGAUUGACUUGUUAUGCGAGAUUUAUAGCAUGCAAUGACCAUGUUGCCCUUGCGCACACUGAACUUCACCAGGAAGUCGAGGAGUUGCUCAAUGAUGUCCUUAAGGUAGAAGUUUUCAAGCCGAAGGAUCCUUAUAGUUAUUUUUCUGGAACAUACUGUGCCCUGUCCAACAUAGGUGCUUUGAUCCACCCUCAUGCUUCCAAAGAAGUCUUGGAUGAACUUUCUGAAAAUCUUGAAGUUCCUUUUGAAGCUGGGACUGUCAAUGAUGGCAGCGUAACUUUAUUUCCUGGCAUGACAGUAAAUGAUUGGACGGCCUUUUGUGGUUCAACCACCACAAAUGCAGAGUUGCAGGUGAUUAAUAGAGUUUUCAAGCUGAGGAAAUGA